GCCCGCCCUCACCCAGCGGCCCCGGCGCGGCGGCGUGAGGCGGCGUGAGGCGUGCGGCUCCCGCGCCUUCCCGGCGGCGCAGUCCCCCAGGAGGCGAGGCGAGGCGAGCUUUCUCUGCGGAAGAAUUGGCCGUGAAGAGACAGACUGUUCUUAACUUUUGGAAAAAGUGGAAAAAUGGCAUCAGAAGACAUCACGAAGCUUGCAGAGUCACUUGCCAAAACCAAAGUGGGUGGUGGACAGUUGAGCUUCAAAGGCCAGAGCCUUAAACUCAACACAGCUGAAGAUGCUGAAGAAGUGAUCAAGCAAAUUGAGGAAUUUGAUGGCCUGGAAGCCUUGCGCCUGGAAGGCAACACAGUGGGAGUGGAGGCAGCAAAGGUUAUUGCCAAAGCCUUGGAGAAGAAAAGUGAGCUCAAGAGGUGUCAUUGGAGUGACAUGUUCACAGGCAGGCUAAGGUCUGAGAUCCCUCCUGCUUUGAUCUCUUUGGGGGAUGCACUGAUUGCUGCUGGAGCCCAGCUGGUGGAGUUGGACCUCAGUGACAAUGCCUUUGGGCCAGACGGUGUGCGUGGCUUCGAGGCUCUGCUGAAGAGCCCUGCAUGCUACACUCUGCAGGAACUCAAGCUCAAUAACUGUGGCAUGGGCAUUGGUGGUGGCAAGAUAUUGGCAGCUGCUCUGAAAGAGUGUCACAGGAAAUCAAGUGCCCAGGGCAAGCCUCUUGCUUUAAAAAUAUUUGUGGCUGGCAGAAAUCGUCUGGAGAAUGAUGGUGCCACUGCCCUGGCUGAAGCCUUCGGGAUCAUUGGAACUCUAGAAGAGGUUCAUAUGCCACAGAAUGGAAUCAACCAUCCUGGCAUAACAGCACUGGCACAGGCCUUUGCUAUCAACCCACUGCUUAAGGUUAUAAACCUGAAUGACAACACCUUCACAGAGAAAGGAGCUGUGGCCAUGGCAGACACUCUGAAGGCACUUCGUCAGGUUGAAGUGAUCAACUUUGGGGACUGCCUGGUGCGUUCCAAGGGUGCUGUUGCUAUUGCUGAUGCUGUUAAAGAAGGGCUUCAUAAAUUAAAGGAACUGAAUUUGUCUUUCUGUGAGAUCAAGCGAGAUGCUGCUCUGACUGUUGCUGAAGCUAUUGAAGAUAAAACAGAGUUGGAGAAGUUGGAUCUCAAUGGUAACUGUCUGGGAGAAGAGGUGUGUGAGCAGCUCCAUGAGAUCCUGGAAGGCUUCAAUAUGGCAUCAGUGCUAGGAUCUUUGAGUGAUGAUGAAGGGGAGGAGGAUGACGAUGAGGAAGAGGAGGAGGAAGAUGAAGAUGAGGAGGAGGAAGAGGAGGAGGAACAGCAACAGCUGAAGGAGAGAGGAGCAGAAGAACAGGAGUCACUGACUCCUAAGAAGAUAAUUGAUUCACAGGCUUCAACUCCAGUGCCAUCUCCUCCUGUGGAUGUUGCCACGUUCCUUGCUUUCCCAUCACCAGAGAAGCUGCUGCGACUAGGACCAAAGUGCUCUGUGCUGAUAGCUCAGCAGACAGAUACAUCUGACGUAGAGAAAGUAGUUGCAACCCUCCUAAGGAUAUCCUCAGUCUUCAAAGAUGAGGCCCCAGUGAAAACAGCAGUGCAUGAAACAACAGAUGCCUUGAUGAAAAAAGCCUUCAGUUCUGCCACAUUUAAUUCAGAUGCAUUCAUCUCAAACCUCUUGGUCCACAUGGGACUACUUAAGAGUGAAGAGAAGAUCAAAACUGUACCAAGCCUCUAUGGUAUUCUUAUGACCUUGAACCACAUGGUCCAGCAGGAUUAUUUCCCUAAAUCCCUGGCCCCAGUUCUCUCGGCUUUUGUUACAAAUAUGUGAGGUUCAGAGUUAAAAAAAAUCCUAAAGAGUGAAAAGUGGGAAGUUGGCUUUGCAAGGAAGUGGCUCUGAAGGCUCUAAUGCCUGUUUUGAGCUUAAGGAAACCUGCUGGGUUUCUGGCCACUGCAUGAGUGAGCUGUGGAUGCACUGGAUCUAACUGUGCCCUCCAAGUCCUCCUUCAGAGUUAAGAGGGUCAGCAGAGCUCUGCCAGAGUUCUCAUGCUGUGUGACACUGAACACCAGCAGAUGAAAACUGCAGAACACAAAGACUGAAUUUGUUUUUAAAUGGUGGAACUUCCUACUGUGACAGCACCAAAGUUAGUGAUUUUUCUGAGAACUGAAUGGGGAGCAUAAGUACUGAAGAAGCUGCUUUUACUGACUGCCUGUACUUUAAUGUCUUAAAUGGCUAUGGAAACAAUCUCUCUUCUGAAUUAAAUCAGUGUCAACUUCAGCAUUGAUGAGAUUCAGGGGAAAAACACCCACCAAACAGAUUUGCAAUAGGAUUGCAUACUGCUGUUCAACAGUCAGAGGAGAAGCAGCCCAAACUUGUCACUCCAGGUGAAACAGCAAAGGCCUGGAAUCUGUUUGGAGCUUGGUGGCUGGCUCAGCAUGGACCAUGUGCUGUGCAGGGUGAGAGAACGUGUAACAGGUUCCAGAAUUAAUUAAUUAAUAAAUUAAGCCUUCCUGAAUUUCAUGAUACAUGGGUUGGCAGCAGCUGCUUAGGAUGCCUUGCUGGUGAAAGGUGGAGGCAUCAGAUAAUUGUGGUCAAUGUGAAAUGUAGACAGUAGGAAUGCAGUCAAAUACUGCUGGUCUGUCUUGGUUCUACUGGGCUUGGAAGCUGGCUAGUUGUGAUGGGGGAAAAGAAUUUUUCCAAGCAUUGGUGUGGCUGAAGCUGUCAAAAUUGAUGUGGACACAAACCACUGCUGCAUAAACACCAACCAUGCUAAUGUCAGUUUUGGGAAAUGAAGCAUCUUCUUUACACAUGUGCAAAUGCCAGCUGGAGGCCUUUCUUGUGGAACACUUUGCCUGCUGCCUCCUCUCUUUGUGUUGAGCAGGUUCAGGCACUUACAAGCCAGUGACCUCUACCAACUGAACAAAUAUACCUCCAACCCAAUCAUUCUAGGUUUAAGCAAGAAGUACCAGGGCUUACCAUGUCACUGAAUUUCUGCUGUUUCCUGCACUGCUGCCUUGCUCUAGCUUAUUGAUCAAGCCCCAGUCCUCAAAAUGGAAUUUAAAUUGCUGGAAGCUAAGAAUACAGGAGAAGUACUUUGGUUCAGGGCAUUUGACUGUCCUAAUUGUUUAUGUUAGGUAGUAAUGCCCAGAGUAUCUCUUAAUUCUAAGUAUCCUAACAAAUUUUGCUCAGAAAAGACACUUGCCUCCCCUCUUCCUGUACAUGUGCAUGUAGGCUUUUCCCAGCAAGUGUUUUUAAGCUGUAGCUGAUGCUGUGUAUGACAAAAUAAAGAGUAAAAUUUUGGUCUUCAUGAAUUCAUCAACAACAACCCUGCUGAAGCCAGAGCCAGCAUUUCACUACAGAACAAGAGGGGAGAGUCUCUUGUUGGAAGUAUGAGGCUGUUCAUAGGCUCUGUAGAAGCUGAGUGAGAGCUGAGAGCCUCUCGUGGUGGAAGGCAGAUCUUCCUAUGGUGUGUACCAGUGCUAGUCCAAGCCUCCACUGGCCCUGGUGCUGUGAAAUGCUUGGAGCUGAAGUUUUCUGCUUUACAAACUUGUUGCAAGCUGUGCUUUUACAGGGAAGCUUUUGUCCUGCAUAAUGAAGUCCACACUAGAUAGAAGCAAUCUGUCUCUGUUAUAUGAGCAUAGGCCUUUCUUACAAUGCUUUC